AUGAGCCAAAUCCCCGAAAACGUUAGAGGUGCUGUUGAGUUCGAUUCCUGGUUAACCCCAUUUGCUGAUGUGUUGUCUCAAAGAAGAUUCUUUGCGGAUAAGUGGGCUUAUGAUAUAACCCAUGCUACUCCCGAUGGGUCAUUCCAGUCUUUGUCCAAGUUUGCAAGAGAUUCGUACAAGUCAUAUGGGUUUCAUGCCGAUCCGCAUACCAGAGAAAUUAGGUACAAGGAAUGGGCACCCAAUGCGAGACAGGCGUUCUUGAUCGGUGAGUUCAAUGGAUGGAAUGAGACGUCGCAUGAACUGAAGUUCAAGGACGAAUUUGGGAAUUUCCAUAUCACGAUUUCUCCCACCUCGAGUGGUGAGUAUGCCAUCCCGCAUGAUUCAAAGAUAAAAGUCAUGUUUGUUUUGGCUGAUGGAUCCAAGAUCUACAGAAUACCUGCUUGGAUCACCAGAGCUACUCAGCCGGAUAAGGAGACUGCGAAGAUGUUUGGUCCUGUUUAUGAGGGUAGGUUUUGGAAUCCUCCCAAUCCCUAUCGGUUUGUUCACAAACGACCAGAGUUCAAUGAGUUGGAGGAUUCGUUGAGAAUAUAUGAGGCCCACAUUGGAAUUUCGUCUCCAGAACCCAAAAUCGCCACUUAUAAGGAAUUUACUGCGAAUGUAUUACCAAGAAUUAAGUAUUUAGGUUAUGAUGCCAUUCAGUUGAUGGCUAUAAUGGAGCAUGCCUAUUAUGCGUCUUUCGGUUAUCAGGUGACCAAUUUCUUUGCUAUAAGUUCACGUUUUGGUACCCCUGAGGAGCUCAAAGAAUUAAUCGACACAGCGCAUGGUAUGGGCAUUCUGGUUCUGUUAGAUGUUGUUCAUAGUCAUGCCUCUAAAAAUGUUGAAGAUGGUUUAAACAAAUUCGACGGGUCUGAUCAUCAGUAUUUUCACUCAUUGAGUUCAGGGAGAGGUGAACAUCCGUUGUGGGACUCACGAUUAUUCAAUUAUGGCAACUUUGAAGUUCAGAGAUUUUUAUUGUCCAAUUUAGCAUUUUAUAUUGACAUCUAUCAGUUUGACGGAUUUAGGUUCGAUGGUGUUACUUCAAUGUUAUAUUUACACCAUGGUGUUGGGGAGAAUGGAAGCUUCAGUGGAGACUAUAAUGAAUACUUAUCCCCGGAGAGGUCAAACGUUGAUCAUGAGGCUCUAGCUUACUUGAUGCUGGCAAAUGAUUUAGCACACGAAAUGUUGCCUCAAUCAGCCAUAACAAUAGCUGAAGAUGUUUCCGGCUAUCCAACUCUAUGCCUGCCUCGUAAAAUAGGUGGCACCGGGUUUAAUUACAGAUUAGCGAUGGCAUUGCCAGAUAUGUGGAUAAAAAUUCUGAAAGAGACUAGUGACGAGGACUGGGAUCUGGGAAAGAUAGUGCAUACUUUAACCAAUAGACGUCAUGGUGAAAAAGUCGUCGCAUAUUGUGAAUCUCAUGAUCAAGCAUUAGUCGGGGACAAAACCUUAGCCUUUUGGUUAAUGGAUGCCGCAAUGUAUACUAAUAUGAGCAUAUUGUCUUCAGCAACUCCUGUCAUUGACAGGGGCGUUGCCUUGCACAAAAUGAUUAGACUAUUAACAGAUUCUUUAGGUGGUGAGGCAUAUUUGAACUUCGAAGGAAAUGAAUUUGGCCAUCCAGAGUGGCUAGAUUUCCCAAAUGCUAACAAUAAUAAUAGCUAUCACUAUGCUAGAAGACAAUUCAAUCUGGUGGAUGAUGAACUGCUACGCUAUAAAUUCCUGUACGAGUUUGACGGGGCAAUGCAGCACUGUGAAAAGCAAUAUAAAUGGCUCAAUACUCCACAAGCGUAUGUGUCACUGAAAAAUGAAUCUGAUAAGAUAAUUGCAUUCGAGCGCAAUGGACUACUUUUCAUCUUCAACUUUCAUCCAACUAAGAGCUUCACUGAUUAUAGAAUUGGUGUUGAAUCUCCAGGGACGUACAGUAUCGUAUUAAAUACAGAUCAUAAAGUAUUUGGCGGGCAUGAAAGAAUUGAUGAAAGCUCGAAAUUCGUUACUACGGAUCUACCGUGGAACAAUAGGAAGAACUUUAUCCAGGUUUAUAUUCCAAGUAGAGUCGCACUGGUUUGCGCCUUGAAAUAA